AUGCUCAUCGAUCUAGUUAGAUGGUCAAUUGAGAAAACAUCUCCUUCAAAUCCUCCAUCUGUCAUCGCCAUUAUGCCAAAUAAAAAGCACAAAAAGUCUUUCCAUGUCUACGAGGAUCAUGACGCCACUAAACCAGAAUACUGUACUGGCGAUUUUCUCUGCUCCCUCUGUUUCAAAGACAGUACAACUCUAGGCCCUUGCACUGCAUGCUGUAAAGGAUGUCCAAAUUGCGGUACUCUACUUAGUGAAUCGUUGAAACGAGAACAAGAUGCAGUUGUGCAUCUCACCAAGUCGGAAUCAACAACAAAUUCGCUAUUCCAGAUCCCAUCUAACAGUGGAACUCUAACUACCAAGGCCAGUAGUCAAUCUAUUAGUACUAGAGAUGCAACUAAAUCAUCAUCUCCGCCAUCUUAUAUCUGUGAACGGGGGCUCCCUCCAGAUAAUGGAUAUCAAACAUCCAUCCCUACGACUCCUAUUCGGUCCCAAUACAUUUCUAAAAACAACAGCCCGGCUUUACCUGGUCGCCAUAGUGAAUUCCACUCGCCCAUCAGCCAACAACAACGCAGUCCACAUAUUUCCCCACGCGUCAUGCUAAAUCACCAGCCUUCCCGCAAUAGCAAGAGUCUAUCUUUGACUGGCAGCCAAGAUUCGCUCAUACCAAUUUCACCAGCGGGAACAUACAUCGGCCAACAACGCAGCCCGAAAGCAUCUCAAUACGGCAUUCGAACACAUGCUGAUAAGUUAAGAGCUGCAUUAGCAUGUCCAAUCGAUGAACUUCCCCAGAUAAAGUACAAGCCGUCGAGAAAGACUCCUUUGAGGAAGAAGAUAGGCUUGCUUUUGAGAAGAUUUCAGUACAAGUUUGAGAAGCCCUUGGUUACAAGCAACCAUCAGUUGAUUACGAGCAGUGAUGAUGAUUUGAAGUAG